GUCCCAGAAUGGCACCAUGGCAACCGGGACACUGACCCUGCACGGAUGCCGCCGGAAGUGACGUUUCCGGAAGUGCCCGGGCCGGGGCAUGGCCGAAGAGGCCGAGGGGGGGGUUCCAGAGGAGAUUCUGUCGCUCUGGGAACGAGAGCAGGCCCAACUGAAGGCCCGCGUGGUGGACCGGGACACCGAGGAGUGGCAGCGGGAACCCGCCUUCUCGGGCCUGCGGAGGGUCGGGGGCGUGGACUUGUCGUUUGUGAAAGGCGACUGCGCCCGUGCCUGCGCUUCCCUGGUGGUGCUCAGCUACCCCGAGCUGGAGGUACUGUACGAGGACAACCAGCUGGUCAGCCUGAGUACCCCCUAUGUGCCCGGAUUCCUGGCCUUCCGGGAGGUGCCCUUCCUGCGGGAUGCCAUGCAGCGACUGCGGGACACCAAGCCCAGCCUUGUGCCCCAGGUCCUUUUCGUGGAUGGAAAUGGGGUGCUCCACCCCCGAGGUUUUGGUGUGGCCUGCCACCUCGGCAUCCUCACAGAUCUGCCCUGCAUCGGGGUGGCCAAGAAACUGCUACAGGUGGAUGGUCUGGAGAACAAUGCUCUGCACAGGGAGAGGAUGCAGCUUCUGCAUGCGGGAGGAGACUCCUUCCCACUGAUGGGGGAGUCUAGGACUGUCCUGGGCAUGGCCCUGAGAAGCCAUGACCGCAGCACCAAUCCCCUGUAUGUCUCUGUGGGCCACAAGGUGAGCCUGCAGACAGCUGUGCGCCUGACCCAUAGCUGCUGCAGGUUCCGAAUCCCUGAGCCUGUGCGCCAGGCUGACAUUCGAUCCCGAGAGCACAUCCGCAGGACCCUGGGCCUCCCUGCAGCCCCUGAGCCAGCCCCAAAGAGAAGCCAGAAAGUGCACCCCAAGGGAAACUUGGAGGAGACCCUCGAUUGAAGGCACAUCUGCAGCCCCCUGGACACCUCAGAAGCCUAGACCCCAGGCCCCCACAGGUGUGCCCACAGAGCCAGGAGGUGGGCAUCUGCUUCCUGAGAGCACACGGAGGGGUGUAGGACAGGUGUUUUAUGUUUUCUACACCAGCCCAGGUGGCCAGGCUGCCUCCUCAUGCUUUCCUCCCAGACACUUCUUUCUUGUGUGUCUGUGAUUUAAUAGAGGUUUACAAGAUUAUAAGAUAAUGGAUAAUGGGGUGAAUUAUGAUCUGGAUGUAGUAGGGUGUUUCCACACCACAUCCACCACCGGAGUUCUAUGCCCUCAGCACCUUCCUUGUCUUUAAAUAAAUUUGUCACUGUU